GGAAGCGGCGGGGUUUGGCGCGGCAAAGAGGCUUUUGGAGUCCUCUUUCGGGGCCGCAGGGCAAAAUUUCUCCUCAGGAUCGCCGCGGUCAUGGCCAGCCAGUCUCAGGGCAUCCAGCAGCUGCUUCAGGCCGAGAAACGCGCCGCCGAGAAGGUGGCCGAGGCCCGCAAGCGGAAGAAUCGGCGACUGAAGCAGGCUAAAGAAGAAGCUCAGGCCGAGAUUGAACAGUAUCGCUUGCAGAGGGAGAAGGACUUCAAAGCCAAAGAAGCCGCAGCACUCGGUUCCCACGGCAGUUCCGCCACCGAGGUGGAACAGGGAACCCAGGAGAAGAUGGCUGUUCUUCAGGAGAAUUUCCAAAAGAAUCAGGAGGAAGUGCUGAACAGCUUGCUGAAUUUGAUCUUUGACAUCAAACCUGAAAUCCAUGCGAACUAUCGGCUCAACGGAUAGGCGAAUCUUUUUUGUCCUUCAGGAAGUAUUCAGCAAUACCGGCUUUAGCUGCACCCCUUUUAUAAAGGUGCAUCACUUAUUCCCAAGAGGUGUAGAUUAUCUCUUUCUCUUUUUUCUCCUCUUUUUUUCAUUCCCCCUUUUAUAGCAUUUUUGAAGUUUCUAUGUAGGCUGGUUCUGUGUUCCCCAAAGUGCAUUAUAUCAUAGAAGUGUAGUGUAGAAGGUUGAUGUUAGAUAAAUCGUACUGAGUAUUAAAGGAUUGCUUUGAACCCGAGAAGUAUUUAAAAGUCAGAAAAGAUAAGUGCCGUGUUACUUUUCUGUAUCCUCCUUUAAAUUGCAAACUGUACGAAUUAGGUACUCUGAUAGAAAAAUAAAACCCAUUCCUUGUCUUCACUCAGAGUAAAAAAACAAAACAAAAAAGAAAUUUUGAAUAGUAUUUGGAUUGUAUCUGAAAAUGUUGAAAUGAGUGUUAUUUAAGUAAUAACUGUAUUCUCCUGUUGAACUUGAACAAGCUGUUGCUAAGGUGCUUGAAGAAAAAGUAAAGAUCUGAUCUGAGUUGCAAAUAAAUUAAAACCUUUUUUUUU